AUAGACUACUCUAUGCCGUAUAAUAGGUAGUCAGGUGGGAAAGAAUAUCAGUUACACCUGAGACGACGGCUUAGAAGGGUCGACACCCAUGUAACAAGAAUUGAUCCAAGAUCGGGUGCUGCUGUGAUCUUCGUAUAUUGUAGUGCGAUGCCAGCAAACCUGACCUACGUCAUCACUGGUGGGUGUGGCUUCCUGGGGUCACAUCUAGUGCGCAUGCUCUUGGAGAGGGAUGAACACAUCCGGGAACUUCGGGUGGUGGAUAAAACCGUCAACGAAUGUGUGACUCCUUGUGAAAAGGUUCACGUCUACGAAGCGGACAUCCGGAGUAAAGAACGAAUGUCAGAAAUCUGCUCGGGUGCUGACGUCAUCAUACACGCGGCCUCUCUGAUUGACGUCCCGGACGGCACGUUCACUCAGGAGGAAUUAUGGGAUGUCAACGUCAGAGGUACAGAGAACCUUCUCAACUGUUGCUUAGCAACAGAUGUCAAGUGUCUCGUCUACACAAGCAGUGUAGAUGCGUUCGGUCCCAAUUGGAGAGGGGAUCCACUCGAAGAUGGCGUCGAAGAGUCACCUUACGAUCGCACCCAUCUUUCCUCAGCCUACGGGACAUCCAAGAUGGCGGCCGAAAGUCUGGUGCUGGAGUUCAACGGAAGAACGACCAAAGAUGGCGGCAAACUUCGCACUUGCGCAUUGCGACCCCCGCAUAUUUAUGGGGAGGGGAGCAAGCUUGAUCUUUCGUUCGUUAAACUUUCGAAGCUUGGAACUAGAAUUUCAUCUCCUGACGUGAAAGCUCGCCAGGCAUACGUGGGUAACGUAGCUCUUGCACAUCUCCUGGCGGCGGACAAGCUAGUUUCCCCCGACGGUAUCGCCUGUGGUCGCGUGUAUAAUAUUCACGACGACACACCUAUCACUAAUUACCAAGAUUUCUUUGAGUACCUCUGCCCUGAUGUCAAAAUCCACGAGAAAAUGAUCCUUCCUUUGUGGCUUCUCUACUUCAUAGCCGGUAUUUUCGGGUCUCUUCGACUUCUUUUGAAACCUUUUUGCAACUUUGUUCCUCCUUUGAGCAGAGCUCCUUUACUGGCAUGUAAUACAACUUUCUACUUAAACUGUGCAAAAGCUAGAAAGGACCUAGGAUACUCGCCGAUAUAUGCAUGGGAGCAGAGUAGACAAAGAACGGCAGACUGGAUAGAAAAACAACUGACCGAAUGAGUGAAUGAGUGCUGGCAUCACGGUGACCAUGUGGUUAGAGUUCUUACUUUAACUCAAAAUGUAAAGGUUCUUAGUUCUGUACCCACUCAACUUAACUCAACUUUAUUUUACAUUACUUCACUUUAGUUUACAUUGCUGUCAGUGUAGCACGUAAUUAUAAGUGCAUACCAAAAGUUGCGUAUACAACUUGGUGUCAGAUGUGGGAUUGAUGCUGUAGAUUUUAAGUAUUAACAGGCCGAUUUGAGAUUCUCAUGAAUAGGUUCAAAGGUAUAAAAAUUUUCAUUUACAACAGUACUGUUGGUUAUAAUUACUUUCCUUAAUACGAUAAUAAGGAAUAUACAUCUACAUGUCCGGUUGACGCCUUUCGACGUGAUACACCCGUGUCGAAGAAGUAAUUUAGGAGCAGACAAUAAAAGGACAAACGAUGAAA